GCUUUCGGUCCUAUUAUCUGCAAUGUUUUGAGUUCAAACCCACAGCACGUGCUGAGACGCGUUAUAAAUACAGACACAUGCUCCAUUCGCUUAGAAUCGGAAAAUCUGUCAUUGUAAAGAAGAUCACAAAGAUGACACGUAAGGACAAAGUCACUUUGCCGCCCUGCACGUGCGGAAACAACUGCCUGGGGCCGCUCACAUUUCACCCCGAAGUCAAGGGGCAGAAUAUAAAGUUGAGUGCAGGCGACCGGCGCGCGACCAGAGAUCUGCGCUCGUUUCGUCACGGUGUGACUUUCAGCAAUCGACCACUGCUAGUCGGGGAGAAAGUACGCAUGCGCGUGGAGCGCUCGGUGGCGGGGUGGCACGGUGCGCUCCGGGUCGGUUUUACCACCGUGCCACCCGAGCUCGCUCCCAUGCAGUCUCUGGCCAUUCCUGAACUCACCGACCUUCCGGGAUUCUGGGCAACCCCUGUACCGGUCAAUUACUGCUUCCCACGAACAGAGCUGACGUGCUGUGUGACACACAAUGGAUACCUUCGCAUUCAGACGGAUUACGGGUUUGAUAAAAGAGAAAAAAUGGUGCAGUUGGACACGAGCAAACCGAUCUGGGCCAUGAUUGACGUGUACGGCCAGACAAGCGCUGUCCUCCUACUGGGCUCAGAGAAGAAGACUGUAUUCAGCAGGCGUCGCUCGUGCCAUGUUCCCGAAAUCAGGGCUACAGAGGGGAACUGUGGAUAUGACAAGAUUCCUGAAGGGAUUCUGUGGAGGGAGAUGAAUAGAAAGAGUGUAGAAUUGACUCCUCCUUUUUUCCAGCACAUUGAAGAUGUACGAUUACACGACUUAAAUGAUGAAGAGUCCUGUGUAGUGUGCUACUCUGAGACUGCAUGCGUGCUCCUGGACUGUGGUCACUCCUGUUUGUGCUCUCAGUGUGCCACCAGGGUCAUCAAAGACUUUGGGAGGUGCCCGUUGUGUCGAAAGUGCAUUCGAAAGUGUCCGUUGUGUUGAAAAUGCAACUAGCAUUUAAAAGAGAGAGAUGUGAGAGAGAUGAUGAUGUACAGAAGUAUAUAAAUAUUGUAUAUUAAUAACUACUGUAUUAUAUUCUGAUGUAAAUAUUUUGUACACUGUGUAAAAAAAGAUUGCUUUUAUACACAUAAAUGAAUAUAUUUAUUAAAGCUAAAGAUGUAAA